GGCUGCAGGUGAGCGAGAGGAUGCUGGUGGGGGGUGUGAGGAGCAUGCCCAGCCCCAUCCUGGCCUGCUGGCAGCCCAUCCUCCUGCUAGUGCUGGGCUCCGUGCUGUCAGGCUCGGCCACAGGCUGCCCACCCCGCUGCGAGUGCUCUGCCCAGGACCGCGCUGUGCUGUGCCACCGCAAGCGCUUUGUGGCUGUGCCUGAGGGCAUCCCCACCGAGACUCGCCUGCUGGAUCUGGGCAAGAACCGCAUCAAAACUCUCAACCAGGACGAGUUUGCCAGCUUCCCUCACCUGGAGGAGCUGGAACUCAACGAGAACAUUGUGAGCGCCGUGGAACCCGGCGCCUUCAACAACCUCUUCAACCUCCGGACGCUGGGUCUCCGCAGCAAUCGCUUGAAGCUCAUCCCCCUAGGCGUCUUCACUGGCCUCAGUAACCUGACCAAGCUGGACAUCAGCGAGAACAAGAUCGUCAUCCUGCUAGACUACAUGUUCCAGGACCUGUACAACCUCAAGUCACUGGAGGUCGGUGACAACGACCUCGUCUACAUCUCCCACCGCGCCUUCAGCGGCCUCAACAGCCUGGAGCAGCUGACGUUGGAGAAAUGCAACCUGACCUCCAUCCCCACCGAGGCGCUGUCCCACCUGCAUGGCCUCAUCGUCCUGAGGCUCCGGCACCUCAACAUCAAUGCCAUCCGGGACUAUUCCUUCAAGAGGUUGUACCGACUCAAGGUCUUGGAGAUCUCCCACUGGCCCUACUUGGAUACCAUGACACCCAACUGCCUCUAUGGCCUCAACCUGACGUCCCUGUCCAUCACGCACUGCAAUCUGACCGCCGUGCCCUACCUGGCCGUGCGCCACCUGGUCUAUCUCCGCUUCCUCAACCUCUCCUACAACCCCAUCAGCAUCAUUGAGGGCUCCAUGCUGCACGAGCUGCUGCGGCUGCAGGAGAUCCAGCUGGUGGGUGGGCAGCUGGCCGUGGUGGAGCCCUAUGCCUUCCGUGGCCUCAACUACCUGCGUGUGCUCAACGUCUCCGGCAACCAGCUGACCACACUGGAGGAAUCAGCCUUCCACUCGGUGGGCAACCUGGAGACGCUCAUUCUGGACUCCAACCCGCUGGCCUGCGACUGCCGGCUCCUGUGGGUGUUCCGGCGCCGCUGGCGGCUCAACUUCAACCGGCAGCAGCCCACCUGUGCCACUCCUGAGUUCGUCCAGGGCAAGGAGUUCAAGGACUUCCCUGAUGUGCUCCUGCCCAACUACUUCACCUGCCGCCGCGCCCGCAUCCGGGACCGCAAGGCCCAGCAGGUGUUUGUGGAUGAGGGCCACACGGUGCAGUUUGUGUGCAGGGCAGAUGGCGACCCACCCCCUGCCAUCCUCUGGCUCUCGCCCCGCAAGCACCUGGUCUCAGCCAAGAGCAAUGGGCGGCUCACGGUCUUCCCUGAUGGCACGCUGGAGGUGCGCUACGCCCAGGUGCAGGACAAUGGCACGUACUUGUGCAUCGCAGCCAACGCGGGCGGCAACGACUCCAUGCCUGCCCACCUGCAUGUGCGCAGCUACUCUCCCGACUGGCCCCAUCAGCCCAACAAGACCUUCGCCUUCAUCUCCAACCAGCCGGGCGAAGGAGAGGCCAACAGCACCCGUGCCACCGUGCCUUUUCCCUUCGACAUCAAGACCCUCAUCAUCGCCACCACCAUGGGCUUCAUCUCUUUCCUGGGCGUCGUACUCUUCUGCCUGGUGCUGCUAUUUCUCUGGAGCCGGGGCAAGGGCAACACGAAGCACAACAUCGAGAUCGAGUAUGUGCCCAGAAAGUCGGACGCAGGCAUCAGCUCUGCCGACGCACCCCGCAAGUUCAACAUGAAGAUGAUAUGAGGACAGGGCGGGGGGCAGGGACCCCGGGCGUGCCAGGCAGGGGAAGGGGCCUGGCCGCCACAACUUACUCCCCAGUUCCUCCCGCCCCCUCCACACACACUCUUUUUCUCCCAGCCACCCCUGUCCUCUGCUGCCCCCCGCCAGCCCUCACCACCUGCCCUCUUUCUACCAGGACCUCAGAAGUCCAGGCCUGGGGACCCCACCUGCACAGGGGCGUGUGUUGACAGACUUCAGUUGAAAGCCAAUGAACCGACAUGCGGCAGUCAAUAAUUCAAUAAAAAAAAGUUACGAACUUCUUCUGUAACUUGGGUUUCAAUAAGUAUGGAUUUUUAUGAAAACUUGAAAUAAUAAAAAGAAAAAAAAAACUAUUUCCUAUAGCUAGUCGGAAUGCAAACUUUUGACGUCCUGAUUGCUCCAGGGCCCUCUUCCAACUCAGUUUCUUGUUUUUCUCUUCCUCCUCCUCCUCUUCUUCCUCCUUUCUCUUCUCUUCCCCUGUGGGGGGGGAUCACUCAGGAAAACAGGAAAGGAGGUUCCAGCCCCAGCUGCCCACCCACCCUGCCCAGGUCUGGGUUGGCUGUUUGCAGGGAGCAGGUGGAGGGCCCGGCUGCUGGGCUUCCAGGCAGCACUACUGCCAGGGGGUGGAGGGCCUGGCUAGGGUGUGGCUGAGACUCUGGAUAGGGGCUGGGUCCUCCUGGGGGACAGCACAGUCAGUGGAGAGAGUCAGAGGCCAGAGGCGGUACUGAGAUCUAGCUUCUGGUCCCCGCUCUGCCAGUGACUUGAUGUGUGGCCUAAAGUGGGUCACUGGCCCUCUCUAGGCCUCAGUCUCCACAUCUGUACAAAUGGGAACAUUACCCCCUGCCCUGCCUACCUCACAGGGCUGUUGUGAGGAAUUGAUGAGAUGAUGUAUGUGAAACACUUUGUAACCUGUAAAGCGCUGUGCACAUGUGUGGGUGACUGUU